UUUAAUAGGUUCAUGGAUGAUUCGAGUAGAUUCAAGGUAAGCCUUUGUAAUGAUGUGAAGGGGAUGUUGAGCUUGUAUGAAGCUUUCGUUCCUUGCUUUAGAAGGUGAAACCAUCUUGGAUGAGGCCAAGGCUUUCACAUAUGGACAUCUCAAGGAUAUGAAAGGGAUCAUAGAUUCAAACCUUAAAAGUCUAGUAGAGCAUGCAUUGGAGCUUCCCUUGCAUUGGAGGAUGCUAAGGUUAGAAGCUAAGUGGUACAUUAACAUAUAUGAGAGAAUGGAGAAUAUGAAUCCUCUUCUACUUGAACCGGCUAAGCUGAAUUUUAACAUGGUGCAAGCUUUAUAUCAAGGACAAGUAAGAAAGAUGUCCAGGUGGUGGAAGGAUCUAGGUCUGGGACCGAAGUUGGGUUUUGCUAGAGACCGUUUGAUUGAGUGCUUCGUAUGGACUAUUAGAUACAUUUUUUAUCCUCAGUUUGAACAAUGUAGGGAAGUUCUUACAAAGGUUAAUAAAUUUAUAACAACUAUUGAUGAUGUUUAUGAUGUCUAUGGUUCACUAGAUGAACUGGAGCGCUAUUUACAGAGGCCGUUGAUAGGUAGGUAA